AAACUAUCUUCGCGGAUCCGCCCAGGAAGUGGCAGAAAGACGGAGGCAGAGCAAGGCACACGUAACAUUAGCUUCUCGCUGCUUUUCACAAAGUCGAGAAACUGUGGGUUUUUUUAAUCACCCACACGUUCACCCACAUUUACCCGGAUUAAAACGGAUUCUUCUUGGGACAGGACACACUGCUGCCGUGGACUCUGGCGCUUCGCUAGAUUCAGUGAACAUGGCUAUGAAUGGCGGGGUUUUACUUUAACGCUUUUACCAGAGACGACGAAGCUGUGUUUCAAGUUUGAGAGCAAGAAGAGUUGUUGUUUUUUUACGUCUGUUUGUUUGUUUUUGUGCGCUAACGGUGCUUUUAUUUUGUCUUUCUUUCACCUUCUCUGGACGCUGCUAUCAUGACGCCUGACCUCCUGAACUUUAAAAAGGGAUGGAUGUCAAAACUGGACAACAGUGGAGAGUGGAAGAAGCAUUGGUUUGUUCUGACGGAUGCUGGACUGAAGUACUACAGAGACUCGAGUGCAGAGGAGAAAGAUGAUAUGGACGGGGAGAUUGACCUGAAACACUGUGUGAACGUGUCGGAGUUUGAUGUGGAGAAGAACUAUGGUUUUCAGAUACAGACAAGAGAGGCAGUGUUCACGCUGUCCGCUAUGACGGCUGGGAUCAGGCGGAACUGGAUCGAGGUUUUAAAGAAGUCUGUUAGGCCGAGCAGCUCUCCAGACCUCACGCAAUUACCAGAUAGCAACAGUGACAAGGAAAACUCACAUUCACGCUUCCUGCAGUCUUCCCGUCGCCUAUCGUCACGUCACAAUGAGGGCCAGUCAGAAACUCUGACCCUCGCGCCACCCUCUCAGCGUAGGUUCGACUACGUUGAGCUGUCACCUGUUCCCGUGUCAUCCAGUUCUCUUCCGUCCCAUCAGAGGGAAGCAGGAGAGGGGCAGGGGAGGGAGCACGUCCAGUGGCAGGAGGAGAGGAGCACAAACAGCCAGUGGGAGGCAUUGCUUUCCAGGAAGGGCACGGGCACAGGAUCCAAUCAAAGGCUACGCCUUGAGGACGAACUGGAGAAAAAGUGGUCGGAGUUUGAGCGUAUGCCUUUGAAGGAGAUGAGCGCUUUGCCACCAAUGGGAUCACGGCCCUCCAGCCAGUCAGCCAAUGAGGCGCUGCAGAGGGAGGUAGUGGCGUCACUGAGGCAGCAGCUGGAGGAUCUACAUCAGGGGGGAAGAGGAAGGGAUGGGAUUGGGGGAGGAGGAGGAGGAGGAGAAGUACGACGAGGCUGCGCUCCUGAGACUCCCUGCGGCCGCAGCCUGGUAGCCAUGGAGCAAGCUCACCGACAGGCGGUGGGGGAGCUGCAGAGGCAACAUGAACGUCAGGUGAAGGAGCUGGAGACGGAGAAAAACAGGCUGCUGCUGGAGGAGACGCAGGACACAGCACGAGUGAUGGAGGCUUUGAGGAAGAAGCACAAGGAGGAGUUGGAGAGAGAGGUGGAGACGGUGAAGAGGCUGAGCAGCGGGAUGUUGGACUCGCAGACUUUGCGAGCGCAGCAGCAGGCAGACACUCAGUCCUUGCAUAGAGAGCUGGCUGGACUGUCAGAGCGCUAUUCUCAGAAGUGCCUGGAGCUAAACCGAGCUGAACAAACCAACGCUGAGAGAGAGCGAGCGAUCAGCCGCAAGGAGAGAGACAUGGAGCAGCUGAAGAAAGAGAACCAGGACUUAAAGGUCCGCUUGGCGGAGGAGAUCAGCCGCAUACGGUCCGGUGUCACAGAUCAGGGCUCAAAGGACAACAAAGACAGGACAUCCUGUGAACUGGAGGUUCUUCUCAGGGUGAAAGAAAACGAGAUAGAGUACUUGCACAAAGAGAUCAGCUGCCUGAGGAAUGAACUGCAGUUUCUUAACACGGAGAAACGUGUGGCCUGUGAAAGAUACACGGAGGUACGCGAAGAGCUGAGUGGCAUGAAGGGCCGGAGCGACCGAGAGAUCCAGAGUUUAAAGGAGCAUCUGAGGUUGGCCAUGGCUGCUCUGCAUGAGGGACAAAAACUGGGAAACAGCCUGGACCACUGAGAACCUGUUGCUGGUACUAGAAGUGCACCAUGUAGGGAUAUAGAGAUUUUUUUUUCUUUCAGAUUUCUAUUUGCAAGUUUUUAUUGUUUUAUUUUGUUGCACAGGUGUGUCUACAGGUGGCUGCAACAAAGACAGAUAGAGGAGCAGAGGAGAAGACAAGUGGACUUGUACAGUUGUACAGUUCUGACUGUGUGGGGACCAUGAUCAUGCCUUAGAUUUCAAUCACUCUGCCAAGGAGCAGCAUAGAGUAGACAUUAGCUGGUUUUAUUACACUGGGCUACACAUGAUGUAUAAAAACUGCACUUUUUUUUAUUCCAGCUUUUGUUUUCGUGAGUGAAAGCAUGUGUGAGUGCACAUUUUGUCUUAAAACUGGAACAUUUGUCGAGCAGCAUGUUAUAUAUUUUUAUCAGGUAUUGUAGAUACAGAGUUAAUGCUGCAUUAGCUUUUUGUUGGAUAAACUUCUCCUUGCCAUUGCGUCUUCUAGAAUAAAAGACAGAUAAAGAAGAGCUAUUGUCAUCGCAGUUUUAUGUUGUACAGCUUAUGGUUCACUUUUCCUAACAUUUCUUAGGAAAUGGGUGCUUAUCAUUUGGUGUAAUUAUUUUCUGCCUUGCACCAUUUUUUGCUUUUAAAAUCUGAAGAAAAGUGGGAUUGCUGCAGGACAAGACAGCAAAGGGCUUUUUUUUUUAUUAAAAAAAAAAAAUCCUAUCAUGAGUGAGAAGUUGGUCUAAUUGUAUAGACUCACAUUUAGGAUCAUUCAUGCAAAAGCUGUUGAAUGAAUGUCGUCCCACAUCAAAGAUGUCUUUAUUUUUAAACCAUGGCUGAGAAGCAACAACUGAAGCUUCUCGUCCUCCCUGAUCAUUCUUUGGCAUGUACACUAUGUGCCACACCCACAACAAAAGACAGGUGUUGCAUUGAUGAGCCAAUUUUUUUAUGGACAGUAUGUAUUGUGAUAAAAUGACCUAUCUACCUGCAUUUUGAAAACCCUUUCAUAUUUAAUGUAUUGAAGAGUCUGUAUCAUCUUUGUAAAUUAUACACAUUUUUGCAAUCAAUAAAAAAAGGUCAGCAAAA